UUCAUUCUGGCCGUUCUUAGUCUGAAUAAGGCUAUUCACAAACCCUACAGUGUCCGUGAGCGGAGGGACGAUAGCUUUCACACGUGAACGAAUAUUGCGGUAUCGCCAUUUCACUGCUUUCUCUUCACACCCUCUGUUCUCAUGUCCUACAGCUUCCUACCUCCUAGUUCCCUUUUUGAUAACUAUGAAAUCCGGAAAGCCCACCACAACGAUGGAGUUGGAGUCUGUUGCGUCAGUCCUCGGAGAGGCUACCACUCUCGCCCCGAAGAUCACAGCAGACACAGCGCCAUUCAUCUCCUCAUGGACACAAUUUGGUUCUUGUCUCGUCAUCUUGGUGGCCAUGAUUACUGCCUACAUUGUCUGGCAAGUCAUUUAUGCCGUCUACCUCUCUCCUCUGAAGCAUAUACCAGGGCCCCUGUCCGCACGUCUCUCAGCGAAGCGAGGUAUUUGGUACGUGAUCACGGGCAAGGCGGCUGCCAUUGCCGAGGAAGACUACAAGACAUACGGAGAUGUAUACCUCGCGAAGCCCAACGCCGUGUUUCUCUGCGACCCGCAAGAUGCGCGCAAAGUCCUCGCCAUGGGUGAAUUCAGAAAGACGGACAUGUACCGCAUCUUCGAAUACGAGGGCGUGCCCAAUGUCAGCACUUUGAUCGAUCCAACGGACGCCAACAGGCGGCGCCGGCAGCUUCAUCCCUUCUUCUCGUACUCUUACCUCGCCAAGAUGGAAUCCAUUGUGCAGACACAUGGAUACCUGGCCCUCAAAGCGCGCUGGGACAGCAUGAUCAAGGCUGGCGGUGCCGAUCACCAGAGCGCGACUGUCAAUUACCGUCUAGACACACAACUGGCCAUGUUUGACAUCACUGGCGCCCUCGUGUUCGGCAGGGAGUUUGGCGCUCUUGAGACUAAUAACCUUGACUACACCUCUUGGGUCAACAACACGCUCACCUACAUGCUCAUGGCGCACUACUUCCCCAUCCUGAAGACCUGGCCAUUCAGCUCUCUGGUCCGCCGGUUAAGGAAGUCAUACGACUCUCUUGUGGACUUUAGCAAGGAGUCCAUUGCGAUUCGACGGGAGUUUCUGGAUGCUGGAGGUGACAAACCCGCAGAUCUGCUACAAGCACUCAUCGACUCGGAGGACCCCGACUCUAAGAUUCGAAUGUCCCCUCGCGAGGUGCAAGCUGAAAGCAUUAGCAUGCUCGUGGGAGGCUCCGAGUCCACCUCGUCGGUCAUCUCUUGGGUCAUACACUUUCUUCUACUCUACCCCCAACACUUUCGACGGGUCAUGAAUGAAGUUCGGCAGGCAUUCCCUGCUGACCACCUGAUCACACAUGCCGAAUGCAGGGAACACCUGCCGUUUCUUGAGGCUUGCGUCUACGAGACGCUGCGAUGUAUCCCCACGGCGAGCACGUCUUUCCCACGCAUAUCAGACCGUAAGGCCAUCACUAUCAAGGGGCACUACAUUCCACCCUCGACGGAGAUUGUGACCAACAAGUGCGCUGCUCACAUACACAAAGAGUCAUGGCAGGAGCCGUACGACUUUAGGCCCAGUCGGUUCAUAGAGGAUGGGGGUGAGGCCAAGAGAAACAUGCUCUCCUUCGCAUACGGCACACGUAUCUGCAUUGGGAGAAACCUGGCUUGGGUCGUCAUGAUGGUGACAUUGGCGAAUCUCUUCAAGGACUAUGAUGUGUCGCUGCCGGAAGGCAGUCUCUUCCGGCCAGAAAAUGUCGAUAGAAACGGACGACCGAAGAUUAUGCCAACUAAGCUCGGGGUUGCUACCAUGCCCGCACACCCGGAGCGUGAUUGCAUCAUGGUCAUCCGGAAAAGGACUGCUUAGAGACUUAGAGGAGCGCAGUCAUCGAGGACCUUUCGGGAGUAAUCCAGGCCGUACUUUAUAGGGAGACUCUGGGUAAACCUUGGACACGGUGCAUGGAGACGGCUUUGUAUGUGGCAACAUAGCCGUGCAUGUCGAAGAAAGUUGUUCUCAACCUGCAAAAGUCUAAUAUAGAGACCUAAAUCUAUAAAGAAUACGGUAAACUUUCUUGUUUCUAGACUCCGGGAUACACCACGUGAC